AUGAGUGCAAUACUGUCCGCAGACGACCUGAAUGAUUUCAUCUCUCCUGGUGUUGCAUGCAUAAAGCCAGUAGAAACUCUUCCGCAGAAGGAGACAGCUUCAGAGAACCCUUACGAAGUAACGAAGGAAGACAAAGUUCUUGCCGAAAACCUUCCACCGGCGCAGAUUUCAUUGACGGAUUGCCUUGCAUGCUCGGGUUGCGUUACUUCCGCUGAGGCAGUAUUGAUCUCAAUGCAGUCUCAUGCGGAGGUUCUGAACACUCUCGAUGCGUAUACGGAAGUACCAUUGAGUCGCAAUCAAAAUAGACCAUCCGUGGGUGCUUGGGACACAAAUGAUAGCCAGAGUCGGAUAUUCGUUGCAAGUAUCAGUCCUCAAGUACGUGCAAGCCUAGCAGCGACAUACGGCAUCACGGGGCAGGAGGCGACGUACAUGGUCGAUCAAUUCCUCAGUGGUCCUCAUGGGUUGAGGUCUGGAGGCAAGCAUGGCAGCGGUUUCACCUGGGUUGUUGACACGAACAUUAUGCGUGAAGCAGUUCAAGUUCUCACGACCGACGAAGUAAUCGAAUCUUUGAAAUCGAACGACCCAUCUACCUCAUCAAGCGAUCCUCUCCCUAAAAAACCAGUCUUGUCCUCGGCUUGUCCAGGAUGGAUUUGCUACGCCGAGAAAACUCACCCAUUUAUUCUUCCUCAUUUAUCCCGACUGAAGUCUCCGCAGGCAUUGACUGGCACUUUUUUGAAGACCGUCCUGAGCAAAACGCUUAAUGUUCCGGUUUCUCGUAUAUGGCACUUGGCAGUGAUGCCCUGUUUUGAUAAGAAGCUCGAAGCCAGUCGGGAAGAACUCACGGACGUUUCAUGGAAUAUCACCAAGGGUCAGUCCUCCUCCGAAUCUAGUGCACCUGUUCGCGAUGUCGAUUGUGUGAUCACUACACGUGAACUUCUCACUUUAGCUUCUUCCCGCGGAAUAUCUCUUCCAUCAUUACCGCUGCAACCCUUACCUUGUGCCUUCUCACCGCGGUUACCUGAUGAGACUCUUGAUGCUUUCUUGUUCUCCAAACAUUGUUUGUCAAAACAAACUAUAGAGACUGGUACCUCUGGGGGGUAUUUACAUCAUGUUCUCUUAACAUUUCAGGCCAAAAACCCGGGCAGUGAGAUUGUAACGCAGAGGGGGCGAAAUGCCGAUGUGGUGGAAUAUACGCUCGUUUCAUCUAAGGGCGAGACUCUCAUGAAAGCCGCCCGUUACUAUGGCUUCAGGAACAUCCAGAACCUUGUCAGGAAAUUAAAGCCUGCCCGUGUGUCAAGGCUUCCUGGUGCAAAAACAGCUGCCGCUUCCGGAAGCGGGAACCGACGACAGCCGAUGUCUCGCAACGCUGCCUCAUUUGGGUCGGGUACUGACUACGCUUAUAUAGAGGUCAUGGCUUGCCCUGGUGGCUGUACGAAUGGGGGUGGCCAAAUUCGUAUCGAAGAUGCUAGAGAGGCUAGCUCAAACUCACAAGCCGUAACCCCGGCAGAUACUGCUAAUGCCUCUUCAAAACCAUCACCCCAUGAACAACGUUCGUGGCUCGCUCAUGUGGACGAAGCAUAUUACUCUGCAGAAUCGGAUACAGAGACUGAAGCCUAUAUGCCCCGAUCGUUGUCUAUCUCAAAAAACGAGACUCGAGUCCAUGGGGCCUUGCGGUACUGGUCAGACCUGAUGGGAAUAUCCCUUUCCAAGAUGGUCUAUACCACCUACCGUGAAGUGGAAAGUGACGUGGGCAAAUCUCAAAAAGAGCCGAAUGACACUAAACGGGUCGUCGAAUUGGCGGGAAAGAUUGGUGGUGGGUGGUAG